CCCACACACACCAGUUUACUUCAGUUUCUCCAUUUCUACCCACCACAUAUUUUCCACAGGUGCCAUGUCUUCGUGAUGAUUCUGCAGGGAUGGACUGCAAAACAGUGAGUAAAGGUCAGAGCCGGAGAGUCGAAAUGGAUCGGGCCGGGUUAAACUUCGGGCCGGGUAUGGACAUGCCGAUCAUGCACGAUAGCGACCGGUACGAUUUCGUCCGAGAUAUCGGGUCGGGGAAUUUCGGGGUCGCUAGGCUGAUGAGGGACAAGCACACAAAGGAGCUCGUCGCCGUCAAGUACAUCGAGCGGGGGGAUAAGAUAGAUGAAAAUGUUCAAAGAGAAAUCAUUAAUCAUAGGUCUCUGAGGCACCCCAACAUUGUUAGGUUUAAAGAGGUCAUUUUAACCCCCACUCAUUUGGCGAUUGUAAUGGAAUAUGCAUCUGGAGGAGAGCUUUUUGAGCGAAUCUGCAGUGCAGGGCGCUUUAGUGAGGAUGAGGCGCGUUUCUUCUUUCAACAACUUAUAUCUGGAGUUAGCUACUGUCAUGCAAUGCAAGUAUGUCACCGUGACUUGAAGCUGGAGAACACUUUGUUGGAUGGAAGCCCAGCUCCGCGGUUGAAGAUAUGUGAUUUCGGGUACUCCAAGUCUUCAGUGCUUCAUUCACAACCAAAGUCAACUGUGGGAACUCCGGCUUACAUUGCUCCAGAAGUACUGCUAAGGCAAGAAUAUGAUGGCAAGAUUGCAGAUGUGUGGUCAUGUGGGGUCACCUUGUAUGUGAUGCUGGUGGGAGCAUAUCCUUUUGAGGAUCCUGAUGAACCAAAGGAUUUCCGCAAGACUAUACAAAGAAUUCUCAGUGUCCAGUAUUCCAUUCCAGACUGCGUUCAAAUAUCUACCGAGUGUCGUGACCUGAUCUCACGAAUUUUUGUUUUUGAUCCUGCAACGAGGAUUAGCAUUCCUGAAAUCAAGAACCAUGAAUGGUUUUUGAGGAAUCUCCCAGCAGGCUUAAUGGACGAAAAGACGAUGGGCAAUCAGUUUGAAGAGCCAGACCAACCUAUGCAGAGCAUGGAUCUGAUCAUGCAGAUAAUUGCUGAGGCCACUGUACCAGCAGUUGGGACUCAUAGCCUCGACCAGUAUUCGUUCGACCACGGGGAUUUGGAUGAUGACAUGGACGACUUGGAAUCUGACUCUGAGCUUGAUAUCGACAGCAGUGGGGAGAUAGUCUAUGCACUGUGAUCUCGGGGUAUCUGGAAUUCAGAAAACACCAUUUGUGCAAGUUAGUAUGGUUCUUUGGGCCCUAUAGCUGUGUGAAGAUCUAACUGAGUGUCGUAGUGUCUGGUAGAUCAGAAUAGAUAAGACCUUAGAGAAGUGCAUCAUGUUAGUGUCCGUAGUGCUCCUUGGAGUUGUGUUCAUAACCUGAAGCUUUUCACCCUUGCGUGUGGAGGAAUUUGAUUUUUACAGCUUUAUAAAGGGGGUGGUUGUGGAUUAAAAUUCUACUGGAGAGGUUGUAAACUGCCCCUCCUCCCUGUUGAACUUCCGUUUAUUUGUCAUUUUUGUAUUGUACUUUUUCUCCAUGGUUGUGUUUUGGCCAAAUAUAUGGAUGUACUCAUGUACACUUUGUAUAACAGUUUCUGUACAAUUUGAAUGCAGUUUAUUAUUA